CAGGCCCCCAUCUCCGCGCAGGCCCCGCCCCUGCCCCUCCCAGCACUGCCUGGAAGUGUGGGGUGAGAGCUCCUCCUAGGACACCCCUUUCCCCUUGGGGAAAGAAUUGUGCCCCCCAGGCCCUUCUCCGCGGAGGUCCCUCUCUUCCUUCCCCAUCAUCUCCCCUUCCUGGGACAGAAAGUGCCUCCACCUGCAUCCCCAGGUGCCCGGCCUCCAGGGCCCACUGGCCCCACAGCAGGCAAGCUGAGAUGACGGUCAAGCUGGAUUUCGAGGAGUGUCUCAAGGACUCACCCCGUUUCCGAGCCUCUAUUGAGCUGGUGGAAGCCGAAGUGUCAGAAUUGGAGACCCGUCUGGAAAAGCUCCUGAAACUGGGCACUGGUCUCCUGGAAAGUGGGCGCCAUUACCUUGCUGCCAGCCGCACCUUCGUUGUCGGCAUUUGUGACCUGGCCCGCCUGGGUCCACCAGAGCCCAUGAUGGCGGAGUGUCUGGAAAAAUUCACCGUGAGCCUGAAUCACAAGCUGGACAGCCAUGCGGAGCUUCUAGAUGCCACCCAACACAUACUGCAGCAGCAGAUCCAGACCCUGGUCAAGGAAGGUCUGCGGGGUUUCCGAGAGGCUCGCCGGGAUUUCUGGCGGGGGGCUGAGAGCCUGGAGGCUGCCCUAACCCACAAUGCAGAGGUUCCCAGGCGCCGGGCCCAGGAGGCAGAAGAGGCAGGAGCUGCUUUGAGGACGGCUCGAGCUGGGUACCAGGGACGGGCACUGGAUUAUGCCCUGCAGAUCAACGUGAUUGAGGACAAGAGGAAGUUUGACAUCAUGGAUUUUGUGCUGCGUUUGGUGGAGGCCCAGGCUACCCAUUUCCAGCAAGGCCAUGAGGAGCUGAGCCGGCUGUCCCAGUAUCGAAAGGAGCUGGGCACCCAGUUGCACCAGUUGGUCUUGAAUUCAGCGCGAGAGAAGAGGGACAUGGAGCAGAGACAUGUGCUGCUGAAACAGAAGGAGCUGGGUGGCGAGGAGCCAGAACCAAGCUUAAGAGAGGGGCCUGGUGGCCUGGUGAUGGAAGGACAUCUCUUCAAACGGGCCAGCAACGCAUUUAAGACCUGGAGCAGACGCUGGUUCACCAUUCAGAGCAACCAACUGGUUUACCAGAAGAAGUACAAGGACCCUGUGACUGUGGUGGUGGACGACCUUCGUCUCUGCACAGUGAAACUCUGCCCUGACUCAGAAAGGCGGUUCUGCUUUGAGGUGGUGUCCACCAGCAAGUCCUGCCUCCUCCAGGCUGACUCAGAGCGCCUCCUGCAGCUGUGGGUCAGUGCUGUGCAGAGCAGCAUCGCUUCUGCCUUCAGUCAGGCUCGCCUUGAUGACAGCCCCCGGGGUCCAGGCCAGGGCUCGGGACACCUGGCCAUAGGUUCUGCUGCCACCCUGGGUUGUGGUGGAAUGGCCAGGGGAAGGGAGCCUGGGGGAGUCGGGCACGUGGUGGCCCAGGUCCAGAGUGUGGAUGGCAAUGCCCAGUGCUGCGACUGCCGGGAGCCAGCCCCGGAGUGGGCCAGCAUCAACCUUGGUGUCACCCUCUGCAUUCAGUGUUCCGGCAUCCACAGGAGCCUUGGUGUUCACUUCUCCAAAGUCCGGUCUCUGACCCUCGACUCAUGGGAGCCAGAACUAGUGAAGCUCAUGUGUGAGCUGGGAAAUGUCGUCAUCAACCAGAUCUAUGAGGCCCGCGUGGAGGCCAUGGCAGUGAAGAAACCAGGGCCCAGCUGCUCCCGGCAGGAGAAGGAGGCCUGGAUUCAUGCUAAAUACGUGGAGAAGAAGUUCCUGACCAAGCUGCCUGAGAUUCGAGGGCGACGAGGUGGCCGGGGGCCCCCAAGGGGGCAGCCUCCUGUGCCCCCAAAGCCUUCCAUCAGGCCCCGGCCAGGGAGCUUGAGAUCCAAGCCAGAGCCUCCCUCUGAGGACCUGCGAAGCCUGCACCCUGGGGCCCUGCUAUUUCGAGCGUCUGGGCAUCCUCCAUCUCUUCCCACCAUGGCCGAUGCCCUUGCCCAUGGAGCUGAUGUCAACUGGGUCAAUGGGGGCCAAGAUAAUGCCACACCGCUGAUCCAGGCCACAGCUGCUAAUUCUCUUCUGGCCUGUGAGUUUCUCCUCCAGAACGGGGCGAACGUGAACCAAGCGGACAGUGCGGGCCGGGGCCCGCUGCACCACGCAACCAUUCUUGGCCACACAGGGCUCGCCUGCCUGUUCCUGAAACGGGGGGCUGAUCUGGGGGCUCGAGACUCUGAGGGCAGGGACCCUCUGACCAUCGCCAUGGAAACAGCCAACGCUGACAUCGUCACCCUGCUACGACUGGCAAAGAUGAGGGAGGCCGAAGCGGCCCAGGGGCAGGCAGGGGAUGAGACGUAUCUUGACAUCUUCCGCGACUUCUCCCUCAUGGCGUCAGACGACCCGGAGAAGCUGAGCCGGCGCAGUCAUGACCUCCACACGCUGUGACCCUAGGCCCUCGGGGCCCGCGCCUCCCUCCCUUCCCUGCCACCGGGCCCUCGGCCAUUAAAGCCUCCGUGCUUCGCUCUUC